AUCCAACUGCCCCUCAACUACUAACAUAGCUCCUUUCCUUCUUUACCUUCAAUCAUGCCUACACUGACCGCAAACACUUCAUCUCUACGGCCUGCUGGCAGCACCAAUAAAAUGUCGCCCUUUAUUGGAGCUGUUGAGGACCAGUGGGAGAUGUAUAGGUUUUCACAGUUCUCCCUUCUCAGGAUCAGCACUAGACUGACUCACCUAACCCAGCGAUAUUCCUUCUGACUAUACCGUCGGUUCUCCUAUAGGAUUUGGGGCUUCUUCAAUCGUUUACGCUGCACAGUAUCAACCAAACGAUAGGCCACCUCCCCCAAUACCUUGCGCCCUCAAGGUUCUUGAUCUCGACUCAUUGCGUCCCCAUUCACUUGCUCUGUUGCAACGAGAAACGAUACUCAUGUCAUUAUUUAAACACCCCAACGUCCUUCGUGUUCGGGGAUCUUGGAUGAAUGGUCAUAAGCUCUACAUCGCGAUGCGUCUCAUGAACAGAGGUAGUGCAGCCGACGUCAUGCGUUAUGGCUGGCAGGGUGGUUUUGAAGAGGAAGUAAUCAAAUGUAUCUUGAAGCAAGCACUCAAAGGUCUCAACUAUCUUCACAUAAAUGGUUUCAUACAUCGAGACAUCAAGGCCGCCAAUCUCCUUAUCGAUGACGAUGGGACCGUUCUAUUAGGUGAUCUCGGUGUUGCCGCAGACCUAUCUGAAGACAGCUCUGAAGCCAUGGAUGAGUCACCAGCAUUCUCGAAAACGCAACCUGAAAUAUCAUCAUCAUCUUGGAGCAAUCACUCGGGGCCCUCUUCCGAUUCCUCUAAGCGAACCGUCGAGUCUGAUAUACUUGUGCGGCCAAAAAUGGGGAAAAGAAAAUCGUUUGUCGGAACUCCUUGCUGGAUGGCACCUGAGUUGAUCCAGGGGAAGCAUUAUGACUUUGCAGCCGACAUAUGGAGUUUUGGUAUCACCACAUUGGAAUUGAGCCUAGGACGCCCUCCAAGGUCACGGGAAUCUCCGCAAAAAGUUUUACUACGAACUGUCCGAGAAGCGCCGCCAACUCUUGAUCGAGAUGGCGGAGAAUACAAAUACUCUAGAGCGUUUCAAGAGUUCGUAGAAGCCUGUCUUGUAAAGGAUCCAUCGAAGAGACCGACGGCGGAACAAUUGCUGCAAUCUUCCUUCUUGAAAGGAGCAAAGAAACCUUCUUAUCUCAUUUCCAAGAUCUUCAAGGACUUGCCACCGCUCGCGCAGAGGCAGGAGAGCCGUGUCUUACCAAAUUCACAAACACGUGUUUCGAUUGAGUCUUGGGACUUCGCUACUACUGUUCAUUCACUACCACCGAGUUUUUCAACAAAGUGCCUUUCUCAAGAGACCGCACUUGAUAACGAUGAACUUCUGUUCGAGGUAGAUCUCGAUAGAAACCUAACGUCGCCACGGUCCCACUUUCGAUCGGUGUCAUUCGCGGAGCAGAACCCCGUAACUGAGGGCGAAGCAGUCCUAAUGGAUCCACGCGACUCAUCCAAUCCCUCGCCCUUUUCACAACUUAACGCAUUAUCUACUUCCGACAAUGAUGCGAUCGAUGACGGUCAGAGCUCCUCCACAUCCUCUCCUUGCAUGACACCGCCAUCACGGUUGGUGCAGUUUAGCGAAAAAGCGUUGUCUGACGCAUUGCCAUCUGCAAUCGACGUCACGCCGAAGCUGCCUCAUACUGACAUCAAACCAAGCUCAUCCCCACACGAAACCUCGCGCCGUAUGUUAUCGAAGCUUUCAAGGUGGUACAUAGGCAAGGAUUAAAGCUAUGGGUCACGCGAGCUCAAGAAAGAACCAGCGGGCAGGCUUGGUGGUAACCUGAAUGCAAAUGAAAUUCACGAUAAGACCUUGACGACUGGCACAGACUUCGCAGUUGUACUAUACAAUACUACUCGCAUCAUCUUCCAUUAUCACUAUUUAUCAC